UGCUGUGACUAGCUGUGACCUCUCCCCACUUGCGGAGGUGAGACUCGUGUGUGCAAGUGGUGUUCAAGCAGCCCUGCCCUCUUCGGGGCAGCUGAAAAAAAAAAAGAAAAAAGAACAAGCUGCUUCGUUCGUGUGGCAUGACCAGCGGCGCACCGUCAUGGUGGUGGCCGCAUUCCCGAUCGCUAAGCUGGCCGCUCUGGCCUUCCGGCAGCUGAGCAAGCCACUGGCCAACCGAAUCAAGCAGGGGGCGAAGAGCAGCCCCUUUUUCCGUACCUACGUGUGCAUGCCGCCGGCGCAGCUGUACCACUGGGUCGAGGUAAACGUUAAGAUGCGCAUUCUGAACCUGGGCAAGCCCUCCGAAGUGCCCCCGCUCAACGAAGCGAUGGCCAUCGAGCUGGGCGCCGAGCUGCUCGGCGAGAUGAUCAUCUUCGCCUCGGCCGCCGCCACGCUGGUUGCCGAGUACCUGCGCCAGGCGCGCAACGAGCGGCUACGCGAGAACGCCAAGGAGGAGAAGCAGCUCUGCCUCGAAUGCGAAGUCAAGGAACUGCAGCUGCGCGUCGAGCAGCAGGAGGCGCAGAUCAAGCACCUGACCAGGCUGGCCGGCACAUUUGUCGUUGCACCACCGCCGAAACCACCGCCGCCACCCCCGUCAUCGCCACCUGGAGAUGCCGCUGUGGUCAGCGGCGCCAAAUUGAAACCUGCGCAGGUUGGAAGCUCCGAUACGAAGGCUACCGCGCCAGGCAAAACCGAACCCGCCAAGGCGACUUCGGCGAACAGCGUCGAACCCACAACAAGCGUAGGUCGCGCCUUGAACGAUGCCACGGCGAGCGUUCUAGGAAAGACGUUGUCGUAGCCCCCGCCACGGUGCAGACGAUGCGCGGUUCGGUUGUUCGAAGACCCUAACCGCGGGACAUUUCACGUAUCCAGCGUGGAGCAACUCAAGAAAGUUCGUGCAGUCUCAAAACAAGCCUUUCUGACGUUAUAAGUCUGUUGCCGUUAAGAAUGGUGUUCAGCGCAUAUUUUAAGCUGCCCCGCAAGGAGCAGGUUUUUCACGCUACUGUGUUGGAAUUGAAAUAUCCACGGUGAUUCGAUUACUUUCUGGUUUCUCUAGCUAGCAACGACAGCAGUCGGAGCAGCACGCCCAAGUGACAAAGCGUGCACCUUCGAUCGUAGACAUGUCUUUCAUUUACAGCCAAACACACGGAUGGACACGUAGCUGAGGAGAUUGAGCAAGCACAAUUUAUUUUGCCAGUGCUGUUUAAGCAGUGAUAGUCACAUGCCUGGUGUACAGCAUAGAAAGUGCAAGCUUGGCUUUCUUCUUGUAAGCUGGCUUUGCAGUAUAUUAUAGAUAUUGCGGAAUAAAAGACUUUGAUGGUGUAAAGAAGA